AUAAAGUGGCUUGAGCUCUGAACUUGCAGUUGUCAGAGAGUUGCAAUGGGGAAGCUGUUACUGUGGCUUGGGCUGGUUCUUGCGCUGAAACACCAUGAUGGUACUGCCCACAAACUGGUGUGUUAUUUCACUACCUGGGCACAGAGUCGGCCAGGUCCCGCCUCGAUCUCACCCCAUGACCUGGACCCCUUUCUCUGCACCCACUUGAUAUUUGCCUUUGCCUCAAUGGACAAUAAUCAGAUUGUUGCCAAGGAUCCCCAGGAUGAGAAAGUUCUCUACCCAAGGUUCAACAAACUCAAGGACAGGAACAAGGAGCUGAAAACGUUGCUGUCCAUUGGAGGGUGGAACUUUGGCACAUCAAGGUUCACCACUAUGCUGUCCACAUUUGCCAACCGUGAGAAGUUUAUUGAUUCGGUUAUAUCCCUCCUGAGGACACAUGGCUUUGAUGGCCUUGACCUUUUCUUCUUGUACCCAGGACUAAGAGGCAGCCCCAUACGUGACCGGUGGACUUUUCUCUUCUUAAUUGAAGAGCUCCUGAUAGCCUUCCAGAAGGAGGCGCUGUUCACCAUGCGCCCGAGGCUGCUGCUCUCUGCUGCUGUCUCUGGAGUCCCUUAUAUUGUCCAAACAUCGUACGAUGUGCGCCUGCUAGGAAGACUCCUGGAUUUCAUCAAUGUCUUGACUUAUGACUUACAUGGAAGCUGGGAAAAGUUCACAGGACAUAACAGCCCCCUGUUUUCUGUACCUGAAGACCCCAAAUCUUCGGCUUAUGCUAUGAAUUACUGGAGGAAGCUUGGAGCACCCUCAGAGAAGCUCAUCAUGGGGUUCCCCACCUACGGACGUACCUUUCGCCUUCUCAAAUCCUUUGAACAUGGGUUGCAGGCCAGAGCGAUAGGACCGGCAUCUCCAGGGAAGUACACCAAGCAAGCUGGCUUCUUGGCUUAUUACGAGAUUUGCUCCUUCAUCUCGAACGCGAAGAAGCACUGGAUUGGUUAUCAGUAUGUCCCAUAUGCCUACAAGGGCACGGAGUGGGUUGGCUAUGAUGAUGCCACCAGCUUCCACUACAAGGCGUGGUUUGUAAAGAGUGAGCAAUUUGGGGGAGCCAUGGUGUGGACACUGGACAUGGAUGAUGUCAGAGGUACUUUCUGCGGCACUGGCCCUUUCCCCCUUGUCUACGUAUUGAACGACCUCCUGGUGCAGCCUGAAUUCAGCUCAACUCCUUUACCACAAUUUUGGCUCUCAUCUGCUGUGAAUUCUUCAAGAACUGGCCUUGAAAGUCCUGCUGUGACCAAAGCACUGACCACUAAUAUUAAGAUUUUGCCUCCAGGAGGAGAGGUGAUGGCCACUGAGCCCUAUGGGAAGUAUGAAAAUAUGACUACAACUCCCAGACAGGGAAUCACAGUCCGAAGAAAGGAAACUGUAGUCCUUGGAAAUAACAUUGCAGCUGUAGGAGGAAAGGCUGAGAUCCCUGGGGUGACUUCUGUGGACCAUCAGUCAGUGACCCUUGAAGGGAGGAUGGUAGCCUUUGUGCAUUCCCACUCUGAGACCCCUGGAGAGACCAUAACCCCUGUAGGUAAUCAGUCAGCCUCUCCUGGAGUGAUGACCAUAGCCCCUGUGUAUCCCCACCCUGAGACCCCUUUCAGGAAGACCAUAACCUCUGUAGGUAAUCAGUCAGUGACCCCUGGAGGGAUGACCAUAGCCCCUAUGUUUCCCCACACUGAGACCUCUUUAAGGAAGACUAUAACCCCUGUAGGUAAUCAGUCAAUGACCCCUGGAGGGAUGACCAUAGCUCCUGUGCAUCCCCACACUGAGACUCCUAGAGAGACCAUAACUCCUAUGGGUAAUCAGUCAGUGAUCUCUGGAAGGAAGACCAUAGCCCCUGUGCAUCCCUACAUUGAGACCCCUUUCGGGAAGACCAUAACCCCUGUACGUAAUCAGUCUGUGAUCCCUGGAGGGAUGACCAUAGCCCCUGGGCAUUCUCAAACUACAGUCUUUAGAGAGAGCACAAUGGCCCUUAGAAAGAGGACUGUGACCCCUGAAAAAGUGACUGUACCCCCUGGAAAGAUACCAGUCACCCUUUAUGAGCAGACCAUAACUCUAAGAGGGGAAAAUUUGACAUCCGAGGUGAGCACUGUCUCCAGGAUCUUGGGUCUUUUGAUGGAAGCUGAAGACGAGUUGCUGUCCUCUGGCCCCAUCAUCCUGCCCCCAGGAUGCACUCUUGUUUUUGACAACCCCUUUUCUCUCAUUUAUGGGAACCAUUUCUCUGCAAAUAAUGACCCUUCCAACAAGGGUCUUUUAUUUCGCUAAAUAGAGAAGACCUAGGAAACUACUGUAGAGCAAAGAGGCUAAGCUCUAUUAGUGGCAGAAGCUGAGGAAAACCCUUGUCUUUUCUUUUAAGUGAUGUGACAGAAGCCAUCUUGACCCUGGCCAUUUAUAAAACAGUGAUGGAGCACAGUAGGCACCAAAGUCAUAGUGGGUCAGUGUCUUCUGUUGAAUAAACUGCAAAUGUAAGAAUCUA